UGGGCUGCCAUCAUGUCGGCUUCAGGAGAUGGGACUAGGGGUUCCCCCAAAUCAAAAGGCAAGACCCUGAGAAGUUUCUUCGGGUCCCUGCCUGGCUUCAGCUCUGCCUGGAACCCGGUGUCCCACACUAACAGCUCCACAAAGGAUGUACAAACAGCAGUAGACCGCUCAGGGACUCCUGUCCCUCCAUCUCCAGUGGCUACCAACCCACAGAUGGCAAGAGAUGCAUCAGGGCUGCUCCAGCUUUCUAAACAGACAGCUGGGGACAAGAACAUGGGAAGCAUUGGUGCGACCAGCAGCCAAGAUGCCUUCUACUCUGGGGUGGCUGGGAUCAUGGAUGCUGCAAAAGGAAAAGUUCAGGGUAGCCUGAGUGCCACCCAGUUGGCUCUUGUGGGCACUAAGGAGACAGUGUCUGGAGGUGUCAUGGGAGCAGUGGACAUGGCCAAAGGUCUUGUCAAGGGAGGCCUGGACACCAGCAAGAGUGUGCUCAUGGGCACCAAGGACACAGUGACCACAGGACUCACAGGGGCCAUGAACGUGGCUAAAGGAACUGUGCAGACGGGCCUGGACACCAGCAAGAGUGUGCUCAUGGGCACCAAGGACACGGUGACCACAGGGCUCACAGGGGCCGUGAACGUGGCUAAAGGAACUGUGCAGACGGGCCUGGACACCAGCAAGAGUGUGCUCAUGGGCACCAAGGACACGGCGACCACAGGGCUCACAGGGGCCGUGAACGUGGCUAAAGGAACUGUGCAGACGGGCCUGGACACCAGCAAGUCUGUGCUCAUGGGCACCAAGGACACGGUGACCACAGGGCUCACAGGGGCCAUGAACGUGGCUAAAGGAACUGUGCAGACGGGCCUGGACACCAGCAAGUCUGUGCUCAUGGGCACCAAGGACACGGUGACCACAGGGCUCACAGGGGCCAUGAACGUGGCUAAAGGAACUGUGCAGACGGGCCUGGACACCAGCAAGAGUGUGCUCAUGGGCACCAAGGACACGGUGACCACAGGGCUCACAGGGGCCAUGAAUGUGGCUAAAGGAACUGUGCAGACGGGCCUGGACACCAGCAAGUCUGUGCUCAUGGGCACCAGGGUGACCUAGCUGACCACAGGGGCCACGGUGACCACAGGGCUCAGCAAGAGGGCCAUGAGGCGUACAGGGCUAAGGGGAACUGUGCAGCAGACGGGCCUGGACACCAGCAAGAGUGUGCUCAUGGGGCUGUGCAAGGACACCAGGACACGGGGUGACCACAGGGCUCACAGGGGGGCCAUGAAUGUGGCUAAAGGAACUGUGCAGGCGGGCCUGGACACCAGCAAGUCUAUGCUCAUGGGUACCAAGGACACGGUGACCACAGGGCUCACAGGGGCCGUGAACGUGGCUAAAGGAACUGUGCAGAUGGGCCUGGACACCAGCAAGAGUGUGCUCAUGGGCACCAAGGACACGGUGACUACAGGGCUCACAGGGGCCAUGAAUGUGGCUAAAGGAACUGUGCAGACGGGCCUGGACACCAGCAAGUCUGUGCUCAUGGGCACCAAGGACACGGUGACCACAGGACUCACAGGGGCCGUGAACGUGGCUAAAGGAACUGUGCAGACGGGCCUGGACACCAGCAAGUCUAUGCUCAUGGGUACCAAGGACACGGUGACCACAGGGCUCACAGGGGCCGUGAACGUGGCUAAAGGAACUGUGCAGACGGGCCUGGACACCAGCAAGUCUGUGCUCAUGGGCACCAAGGACACGGUGACCACAGGACUCACAGGGGCCAUGAACGUGGCUAAAGGAACUGUGCAGACGGGCCUGGACACCAGCAAGUCUGUGCUCAUGGGCACCAAGGACACGGUGACCACAGGACUCACAGGGGCCGUGAACGUGGCUAAAGGAACUGUGCAGACGGGCCUGGACACCAGCAAGUCUGUGCUCAUGGGCACCAAGGACACGGUGACCACAGGGCUCACAGGGGCCAUGAACGUGGCUAAAGGAACUGUGCAGACGGGCCUGGACACCAGCAAGUCUGUGCUCAUGGGCACCAAGGACACGGUGACCACAGGGCUCACAGGGGCCGUGAACGUGGCUAAAGGAACUGUGCAGACGGGCCUGGACACCAGCAAGUCUGUGCUCAUGGGCACCAAGGACACGGUGACCACAGGACUCACAGGGGCCGUGAACGUGGCUAAAGGAACUGUGCAGACGGGCCUGGACACCAGCAAGAGUGUGCUCAUGGGCACCAAGGACACGGUGACUACAGGGCUCACAGGGGCUAUGAAUUUGGUUAAGGGGGUUGCCCAGGGAGGCCUGGACACCAGCAAAUCUGUUCUGAUGGGCCCAAAGGACAGUGUUUGUGCUGGAGCCCCAGGAGCCAUUAAUGUGGUCAAAGGGGCUGCCCAAGGAGGCCUGGAUACUUCAAAUUCUGCAUUCACAGGCACAAAGUCUGCAAUGUUAGCUGGCUUCGCAGGCGCAAUGGACAUGGCCAGGGGUACGGCGCAGACAGGCCUGCACCCCAGCAAGCAUAUACAUACAGGCACGGAGGACAUGGUCUGUGCUGGGGUUACCAGCAUCAUGGACACGGCUAAAGAUAGUCAGAAGAACACGGACACCACCAGAGACAGACUGUCCACCAUGCUAGCUCAUUCAGGUAAUGUAGCCACCAAUGCCAUCCACACAGGUGCUCACAUAGUCCCGAGUUCACUCUCUGGCUCUCACUCCCCAAUAUAUCAUGAGUCUAUCAACCCAGGGGUAGGACCGGCCACUCUGACUUCCACAAAGUUCCUGUCCUGUGAGACCAGCAGCUUCUUAGACACAUAUGGCUUGGGGCAUGUCACAGAGCCCACAGCUCCCAUCAAAAACCUUGUGUCUGGUAUGACUUCAUCUGCCCACACAGCUAUCAGGUCUGUGGAAGAGUGUGGUCAUCCUGCUGCCACAGACUUUGCUGCACUUCCCGAUGAGUUGAAAGGCCUGGGUGAUAUCUUCCAGCCCAUGACAGCUGAGGAACAAGCUCAGCUGGCAGCCUCAGAGUCAGGGUCCCGAGUACUCUCUGCCAACCGGAGAAGCUACUACAUCUGCCUGGGUGAUCUGGCCCCGAGCUUCCGCCAGCGGGCUUUUGAACAUGCCCUGAGCCACAUACAGCACAACCAAUUCCAAGCCAGGGCCGCACUGGCCCAGCUCCAGGAGGCCUUCCAGAUGACAUACAUGAUCACAGAUCCAGGUGGGUAGCUGUGCAGGAACCAGAGCUUGAGCACCACGGUGGAGGCUAUUGGUAGUCGUGAGAUGCGGGCUUCCGUGGCUCAGAACAGGUUGUGCACCCUUGUCCAUCAGCUCCACGCAGCUUACAGCAGCCUGGCAACCAGCCUGCAGGGCCUGCCAGAGGUGCAGCAACAGGCAGGGCAGGCACGGCACAGCCUCUGCAAGUUGUAUGGCCUUGUGACUUCGGAGGCAGGCAGUGAGCUGCAGACAGAACAGCUGGCCCAGAGCAGUGCUGGUGUUGUGCAGGCCUGGCAGGGCCUGGAGGUAUUACUAGAUAAGCUGCAGCAAAACCCUCCACUUGACUGGCUGGUUGGACCCUUUACCUUGAUGCCUUGUGGCCAGCUGCAGGCACCUGAGGGCUGGGCGGGUAGGGUGCCUAGGGACCAUGCUAUGACUACAGAUGACUGUACUUCCCCAAAGCUCUGGAUUGAGCAGGAGCAGAGGGUCCUCAGAAAGUGAAUUUGAAACUAGUCAUGGCUCCUGCUGUUUCCAAGAAGCCAUGGUCCCUCUUCCAAACUAGCCACCAAGUCUGUUCAGAUACAGGCCACACAGACCCCCCACACUGGCAGAGUGAAGAAGCACCACCCGUCCCCACUGCCAUCCUUGGUGCUCUGAACCUCUCUCCAGGGCCCAUAGCUCUCCCCUAUGGGUAGUGCCACUCCAGCCCAGGCCCGCUCUGGGCAGCACAACC